CGUGGUGAAUGAUGAUGUGGGGGCACCUUCAAACUGAUAAUGACGUCUGGCGGCCAGAGUGGAAUUUUCUGAAUUCUAAAUGACAUGGCUUGAAACAGUUGAAACAAUAAUAUUAUUAGAUAAAAUUAUGUAAGUUGUCGACUGACAAAAGGCGACACAUUUCAGGUAUUGAAAGAUAAAAAUACGUCAAAUUUGUAUGUACACGAUCACCGUCGGUAUUCAUAUUAUAUGGUAAUCAACGUUUAAAGUGUACAUGAGUAUUUCUACCAAAAAUGAUUUCCAAGACGCUUUUAGUUACUUUUCCUAUUCUUGUAGUCUUGUGUCAUAAGUCAUCGACACAAUACGCGCCAGCACCGCCUGGUGUAAAUCCACAACUGUAUCAACAACAACAACAGCAAGUACCUAUUCAACAUUUACCUCCACAACAAAAUGUUCCUCAACAAGUACCUUACCAACAAACGCCACCGCCACUUCAGCAGCAGCAACACCAACCACAUCAACAACAACAACAACAACAACCAAGUCAUGGCCACGGUUCCCAAGGACAUCCUCAUACACAACAAGUGUUACAUAAUGCAAACUUAGCAGAAGAAAGCGAGCAUAUAAAAAAACAUUUGGAUCUACCAACGUUAGACACUAGCAAAAUGUCUGAACAAGAAUUACAAUUUCAUUAUUUUAAAAUGCAUGAUGCAGAUAACAAUAAUAAACUAGAUGGAUGUGAACUUAUCAAGUCACUUAUACAUUGGCAUGUUCAAGGUGGUCAUGAUCCCGCAGCAGGGGGAGCACCUCCCCAAGAAAAAAUUUUUACCGAUGAAGAAUUGAUGCAGUUAAUUGAUCCAAUAUUAACUAUGGAUGACACAAAUUUUGAUGGUUUUAUAGAUUAUCCAGAAUUUGUUAUUGCUCAAAAUAAAGCAGGCAAUCCUCAGAAACAAUCAGUAUAAGAAAAUAAACAUGUAAUGUGUAAAUUAAAUUUUUUUUAUUUAAAAUUGACUAUUACAUAAAUAGUUAUUGUU